UCUCUCAUCGAUCACAGGUUCUCCAGUUCAGUUCUCUCCGUGGUUUCUUGAAGAACAUUCCACUAUGAUUAGAGUGCUGAUCUUCACUGUGCUGCUGGCUCUGUCUCAGGCUCAUGAUGGAGAAAAAGAAGAUCAUGAUGUUUCAUCAGAAAAAAACAUAGAGAGGAGAGGUCACUGCCCAAAUCAUGGAAGCUCUCCUAACGCCUCUCUACCUCAAUGCCCCACCUCCUGUGGGAAUGGAACCAACUGCACAGCUGUAAAUUGCACCUCAGACGCCAGUUGCUCCGGAAUCAAGAAGUGUUGUGAGACCAGCUGUGGAUUACAGUGUAUCGAUCCAAUCUACAUGACAGUCUGCAGUGGGGAUGAGGACUGCGCUGAACCAUUAGUCUGCUGCAAAAAGAGCUGCAUUGCCACCUGUGUGCCCUCAAAUGGCAUCCCUCCAAAGAAAAAGAAACAUGAAAAAUCUGAUUGAGAAGAGAUUGCUUCCAGGUCAAAGUAAUUUACCCAGGACUCUGUGUUUUCAGAGAAGCUAUU